AUGGCAACCCAACAGCUGCAAAAGCCGCUGACCGGGGUCCGUGUUGUGGAUUUUUCGCGGGUUCUAGCAGGUCCCUUCCUCAGUAUGAUGCUGGGCGACCUUGGUGCAGAAGUCAUCAAGAUCGAGCAUCCAAAAAGGGGAGAUGACACUCGGGCAUGGGGCCCACCGUUUGUUCACGGCAUGGAAGACAAGGGAAUGAGUGCCUACUUUGCCUGCGUCAAUCGAAACAAGAAGAGUCUUGCAUUGGACUUGAAAGAUAAACGAGGUGCAGCGGUGGCCAAGCGGUUAGUCACUGAUCCCAAGACACACAUUGUCGUAGAAAACUUCAAGGUUGGAGGUAUGGGCUCGUACGGCCUGGAUUAUGCGACUGUCUCAAAGAUCCAUCCUGCAUUGAUAAUGUGCAGCGUAACAGGCUUUGGACAGACUGGGCCCUACAAGGACCGACCUGGCUAUGAUCUUGCUAUUCAGGCCAUGUCAGGUCUCAUGUCAAUUACAGGACAAGCAUCUGGUGAACCACAAAAAGUGGGCGUGGCUAUUUCCGACGUCAUUGCCGGCUUGUUUGCUGGGAAUGGAGUUUUGGCGGCUCUUUAUCAGGCAGAAAAGACUGGAGUUGGACAGCAUGUGGAUAUAUCCCUUCUGGAUACCCAAAUUUCAUCCCUUGUGAACAUUGCCAGCAACUAUCUGACGACAAAGCAAGUACCCACCAGAAUGAGCAAUGCACACCCAACAAUCGUCCCGUACCAAGACUGCACGGCAUCGGAUGGUUAUUUUGUCAUUGCUUGUGGAAAUGAUGGUCAAUUUGCCAAGCUUGCUUCACUAUUGGAACAUCCAGAAUGGGCCACAGACGAGAAAUUUGCAACAAAUCCAGCCAGAGUCAGAAAUCGAGAAGAACUCAUGGCUUUGCUCAAUACAGAGUUCUCGAAGCAAACUGCUACUAGUUGGGUUGAAAGGUUGCUGGAGGUGGGAGUUCCAGCUGCUCCGAUCAAUGACAUGGGUCAGGCAUUGAACGACGAACACAUUAGAGCCAGAGGUCUUGUGCAAGAAUUGACCUUCAAAGACGAAGCACAAAAUAUCUUGGGCUCCAUUGAGAUGGUUGGCUCUCCUCUCAAGCUGUCAGGCAGUUCCAUGGAACGAGUGGAAUCACCACCACCGUUUGUUGGAGAGCACACGGAAGAAGUUUUAAGAGAUAUUCUCUCCAUGGAUGAACUGGAGAUAGCCAGCCUCAGAGAUAGUGGCGUAAUAAGAUGA